AUGGCUCUCCAACUCCUCUCUGAUGCCUCUCAGUACUCUUAUCGUGGAAAUACUCGCAAAAGCAGCACAUGGAAGAGCUCCUUGUCAUUUCUUGGGCAGAAGACUGCCUCCCCAAGUCAGAAAACUUUCUUCAUCCGCAGCGAGGGGUCGUCAACAGAGAAACGCAGUGGGGGGACCAAAGACGUUUUGACACCCGGGAGGACACAAACUAAGCUGGACCUCCUUGCAUCUCCCAUCGGCUCUCCUAGAGACCGAUCAACCGGUUCGGCCAUGGCACGCCGUGGUCGGUGCACGUCGACGAGUCAGACCAAAGAUACGCGUGCGAACUAUGGCACUGUACAGCGAGACUAUUUCCCAGUUAUCUCGCGUCACCUCCGAUCCAACAGACUUUCACCAGUCAUGCCAACGGCGCGUGGUGUCUCUGGCCACGACAAACCACGCCGCAAGGCAAUCAAUAUGUCGGAUACUCUUUAUGGAAACAUGCCAAGCGUUGGGCUGUCGCGGCAGCCAACGCCCGCAGUGACCUCGACUGCAAAGUCCACCGUCCGGAGGAUACCUCCGCCAAUAGAUCCAACAAUUAUCCCACCAGAGCCAUCUCUGUUCCAUAUAAAUUGUGGCUUACCAGUGACUCCUGGUCGAAUAGCCACACGUAAACUGCCGCGACCAAAGCUCUCAUUGGUUAUUCCCGCCUGA